AACAAAACAACACUCCUUGAUCUUCUCAAGCCUUCUCUACUAAUCAGACACAGACUUCCAUUCCAAUGGCUCCAGCACCAGAAACCUCACGCCGUCGUAGUCCCAUUCCCAGCACAAAGCCACAUAAACGCAUCCCUCAGCUAGCAAAACUCCUCCACCACCGAGGCUUCCACAUAACAUUCGUCAACACAGAGUUCAACCACAACCGCCUCCUCAAGUCCAAAGGCUCCACCUUUCUGGAAAAUCUGCCUGGUUUCGGCUUUCAAACCUUCCCAGAUGGGCUGCCCCCUUCCGACGAAGACGCCACGCAGAGCGUUCCAGCUCUGUGUGAGUCCAUGCGGAGAAACAGUUUGGUCCCAUUUCGAGAGCUUCUUGCGAAGCUCAAUAAUAGUUGGGUUGUUCCUCCUGUUACUUGUGUUGUUUCAGAUGGGGUGAUGAGUUUCACCCUCCAGGCUGCUCAUGAGAUGAAUGUGCGUUGUGUGCUGUUCUGGACGUUUGCAGCUUGUGGGUUCUUGAGUUUCAAGCUCUGUGCGGAUUUAAUCGACAGGGGGAUCACUCCCUUCAAAGAUUCCAGUUUCCUAACAGAUGGAAGUUUAGAAGGGCCGGUGGAGUGGGUGCCCGGCCUGGAAAACUUUCUAUUCAAGCACAUAUUGACCUUCAUUCAAACGACGGAUCCAAAUAACGUCGUGUUAUCCUAUGUUAAGGAAGAAAUAGAGGCAAUCUCAAAAGCUUCAGCUGUCAUUCUGCACACGUUCGACGCCUUAGAAUGCCGUCUCUUGGACGUCCUGUCGCUGAUGUUACCUCCAAUCUACACGAUCGGCCCUCUUCAACCGCUUGUUGAUCAAAUUUCAACUAAAACUAUGCAAAACUCGGUUAUUUAUGUGAACUUCGGUAGCUUUGAAGUGUAUACACCAAGUGAAAUUCAAGAACUGGCACUGGGGCUGGCAGAGAGCAAGAAUAACUUCUUGUGGAUACUCAGGCCUGAUUUGGUCAAGGGAAAUUCAGGCAUUCUGCCUCCUGGUUUCACUGCUGAAACUAAAGACAGGGGCCUGAUCGUGAGCUGGUGCCAACAGGAGAAGGUCCUGAGCCACCCAUCUGUGGGUGGAUUCUUGACACACUGCGGGUGGAACUCGAUCAUAGAAGGCAUAACUGCCGGGGUGCCAUUUUUGUGCUUGCCAUGGUCCACAGAUCAGCCUGCAAACUGCAAGUCUAUUUGCAGUGAGUGGGGGAUUGGCCUGGAAAUUAGCAAAAAUUUCAAGAAAGAUGAAGUAGGGAUGCUUGUGAAGGAGCUGUUGGGACGAGAAAAGGGCAGGAAGAUGAAGAAGAGAGCAAUGGACUGGAAGGAACAGGCUGCUACAGCCACUGCUUGUCCUUAUGGUUCAUGUUUUCAGAAUCUCGAGAGAUUAGUCAAAGAAGUGCUCCUAAAAUGAAUCUUGAUGAAAAGUGUUGAUUAAUGUGGAAUUUAGUUAAUUUGCAUGU